AUGAACCGUACCGAUCUUAAUUUCGUACCUUUGCUCAACUCCACGAGGAGGGAUAGUGUUGCAUGCAAUAAAAUGAAAAGACUUACUCUAUUGCCCUUGCAACACUCUGUGAUAACAUUUGGGUCGCCCCGCCGUGCGCCCAAUUUUGUCCCUUUUAGCACUGUCGUGGAGGGUAAUCGCACGGGUGAGGUGCGGUUGUCGGAUUCUAGGGGAAUACGAAGGAGCCAGGAGGAGGACGUUGCGACUGAGCAGAAAAGGGUUCAGCAGCUUAGUUUAGAGCUACAGCGCGCGCUGGAAAAGUUGCGGGUGAAAAACAAGGAGGAAAGGAAAUUGCGACGGAAGGCGGCAGUGGCAGAACUUAAGCUGGGGGAGGAAGUGGAGCGACGAAUAUCGACGAUAGAUGAUCUCCUAGAAUUAAUGCAAAUUCAUACGGACUUCAUGCGUGGGACCAACGCCGAGCUUCGCCGUCUUCUUCAACAGGCUGCGGAGGAGCACGAUAAGACUGUUAUAAAACUGAGGGAGGAACAAGAAGCGAGGCUCGGUCAAGAAGAGGUGCAAAAAAGAGUAAGUAUCCUUCAGGCAGAAAACAAAGUUCUUCGACAGCAACUUGAGGAAGCGCAGAGAGCAAAGGUAGGGUUGGAGGAAUUGUGUAAAAGACUGCAGGAAGAAAAAGAUAAGGAUGAAUUUAGUUUUCUAAAAGUUAAACAGCAAUUGGAGUUGGACCUCAUGCGCACACAGGCACAACUUCAAGGAGUCAACAGGGAGCUCGCCGAGGCGCAAAACUCAAUCACCGCCUCGGAUACGCUAAUGCAGCAGGUUAGGCUCUUCAUGCAGAUGGUAUGCCAGCCGGAUUUUUAUGUCGUGAAGGACAGAUCGCUUCAGCCGGUGGAUAAAAACAGACCUGAGCCGACAGGAUUUGUUCUAGUGCCUUUGUCAAUCUUACUUCAGGGUUACACGCUCUUGCUACCAGGCGAUCGUCAAGAUCUCAUUGAAUCCUAUCGGGCUCGCCUUUAA